AUGCGCAUAUCACUACCCUUCCUCAGUUCAUACACCUGGCUCAACAGCCUCAAAGCAUCCCAACUGCAGCGCAUCGCCCAAGCAACAGGGAUCCAGUCCUCAGGGACAAAAGCAUGUCUCAUCGCCCGGCUGAAGGAGGAACUGCCGCAGCCAGAACCCGAGACCCAAACGAGGACAUGCACAGGCACAAGCACAAGCCCUAUGAGUAUCCUGAGCAUCGACAUGGGGAUUCAGAAUCUCGCAUACGCGCAUCUCCUUGUCCCGCGCAAUGGCAGUAGCGAUAGCGGCAUUGCUACUACCGCUCCGGCAGUUGUGAAGCUGAAUGCAUGGCGCCGGCUAGCUGUUUCCGAUGCAUUACUUGAACCCGGGCUAGGCCGUGACCCUCCGGGAAAGACCAAAGAGGGAAGUACGUCGAAGCACGAAGGGAAAGCGAAAGAGAAACAUACGUUUUCUCCGGCCGAGUAUGCGCGCACGGCGUACGCGCUUGUCACGGGCUUGCUGCACGCGUACCGGCCCAGCCAUGUGCUUAUUGAGCGGCAGCGGUUUCGCUCGGGUGGGGGCAGCGCGGUGCAGGAGUGGACGCUGCGCGUGGGUGUCUUUGAGGGGAUGUUGUAUGCGGUUUUGCAUGCGCUGGGGUGUGAGCGCCAGCAGCAGGCUGGGGAGGGAGCGGGGAUGCGGCCGGUGGUGCUGGGGGUUGAGCCUAGGCGUGUGGGGGCGUAUUGGGAGGAUCGGCUGGGGGUGGGCGUGGGCGUGGACGGACCGAAAAAGAAGAGGAAGAAGGCUCCGGCUAGGGAAGGGAAGAAGGUCAAGAUUAAUCUGGCGGGGGAGUGGCUGCGUGCCGGCAUGGUAGGCGUAGAGGCGGGCUCGGGCUCGCCGUUUCGUUUGUCUGUCGCGGAUGAUCCUGAGCUUCGGGCCCUGGUCGAUGCGUAUCUGCGGAGGUGGGCGGGCAAAUCGAAUUCCGGGACAUCGGUAUCGAGGGCUAGGGCCGAAGGGCAAGUUGCAGCAGAGGAUGACGGGGCUGUGAUUGAACCACCGGAUGUACGCAAGAUGGAUGACCUGGCGGAUUGUCUGGUUCAGGGAGUGACUUGGUUGGAAUGGCAGGCUAUGAAGCAGCGAGUUGCGACAGAGGGGUUGGAUGCCACCUUCCAGCUGGAGAGUGGAAAGCUUUGA